AGCUUUUCGCCGGGCGGGAUUUCCGCAAUAUCAAGUAUGGCGAAGACAUACGAUUAUUUGUUUAAGUUACUGCUAAUCGGAGACUCCGGUGUCGGGAAGACCUGCGUGCUGUUCAGGUUCUCAGAGGAUGCUUUUAACUCCACAUUCAUCUCCACCAUAGGCAUUGACUUUAAGAUUAGAACGAUAGAACUAGACAACAAGAAGAUAAAGUUACAGAUAUGGGACACAGCAGGGCAGGAGCGAUUUCGAACAAUCACAACAGCGUACUACAGAGGAGCGAUGGGUAUCAUGCUAGUCUAUGACAUCACCAACGAGAAGUCCUUCGAAAACAUAAAGAACUGGAUACGGAAUAUAGAGGAGCAUGCAUCGGCUGAUGUUGAAAAGAUGGUCCUCGGUAACAAAUGUGACAUCAAUGACAAACGGCAGGUGUCCAAAGACAGGGGAGAGAAGCUGGCGUUGGAGUACGGUAUUAAGUUCAUGGAGACCAGUGCAAAGGCCAACAUCAAUGUGGAAAACUCGUUUUUGACACUUGCCAGAGACAUCAAAUCAAAGAUGGACACAAAAUUGGAGGGCAGCUGUCCUCAGGGGAGCAGCCACAAGGUGAAGAUCUCUCAGCCCCAGAAGAAGAGCAGCUUCUUCCGCUGUGCCCUACUGUGAGGACCAGACCAUGGCUGUAUACCAAAUGGGUCACUAUUCAUUAUAUAGUAUGCUAUGUUUGACCAGGGCCCAUAGAACUCUAGUCAAAAGUAGUGCACUAUGUAGGGAAUAGGGUGCCAUUUGGGAUGCAUACCAAAGGCCUUACCUACCCUCCGCCUGCCCUGGCUGGGAUAUGCUGAGGUGCUGGCUGGCUGGACACAACUGGACUGUGCUUGUUCCAAGCACCCCCUCUCCUUCUACCUUAUUCCCUUCAGCCAGUCCCAAUUCACUCCCCACCUCUUCCCCUCGGCCCUAACCCUUAGAUGUUUGUGUAUCUGAAGUGUUUGAAUAUAUAUAUGCAGUUGUUUACACCUUGCAUAUACAGUGAGCUCCAGAAGUAUUGGGACAGUGACACAUUUUAGGUUGUUUUGUCUCUGUACUCCAGCACUUUGGAUGCAUCUGUAGUUUUUUUUCACUCAUUAUUAUUCACGAUUCGUUCAGGAUAAUCCGUAAUCAUGGUAGCAUCCACAUUUAAUGUAGAAGUGUUAAGAAACAUUCUAUUAUUAUUUACAAUAAAAGUGACUGCACAAUACAAACAGCAAAAGGCAUCCAACAAAUAUGUAGAAUCACAAGCUUGACGUAGUCAUUGUGUGCUAUGAAUAUGUGACUAAAUACUUAACUUUGAACUACUUUAAUAAAUAUUUAAGUGAAUUUGUCCCAAUACUUUAGGUCCCCUAACAUGGGGUGGGACUAUGUACAAAAAGUACUGUAAUUUCUAAACGGUUCACCUGACAUUGAUGAAAAUACCCUCAAAUUAAUGCUGACAGUCUGCACUGGGGUACCGAACCUAAACAACCAAAAAUGUGUCACUGUCCCAAUACUUUUGGAGCUCGCUGUUCGUGAACAUCGAAGACUUAGGGCCAAUGGUAAUUGGUAAGGAGAGAAUUAGGACAAGUUGCCUCUCUUGCUCUCUCUCUCCCUCACUGUCCACCUCUCCCAACAUCACGCCCUGGGGUAGCUGGAGUACUGUGACCGCGACUCCAUCCACAAUGGCCCCGUGACACCUGGUAAUGUUGCUGUUCUUCCAGCGGCCCACCAACCUCCUGUUUUCUCUCACCACGGGUCGGACAGACUGACCAACCGGUGAAAACACCACUUGUUUUUCUAAAAGAAGGUUCAAAUGACAUGUCACACAGAAAAGAUGGGCUCUUCUUUCUGUUUCACAUUAGUCUCUAUGUACAUACAACAUUUUUCCAUUUUUCACACCUGCCAAAGUUGGAGCCCCAUUUACUUUUCAGUUAGAAUCGCUUGAAUGACCCAAAGGUUUGGAAUUGGGAACAUGAUGUGUGGAUGUUUAUAUACUAUUUGUAGGCCUCUCUUCCCCUAGCCACAUUGUUAACAUGAGCCAGAGACUGAUAAGCUUAUUGUUUUGAUGAAACAAGAGUUUUUAAAUGAAUAUAAUAUGACUUGAAGAUUCACAAUCCUUCAGGAAAGAUUGAUCGCAAAAUAAUUUAAUUACGCAGACUAAAAGAAAAUUCAAUUUGAAUGAUAUUCCGUUUUGUUUACAUUCCAAGAUAAUAAUUUGAUGCUAUUCUAUACAUGAGAGGCUUGCAACAGGCCUCUCUUCCUGAACAAAGUUAUUGUACUGAAUCCAA